UACGGUUUAUAAUAUCUCGCAGACUGGCACCCAUUUUAUUAUGUUAAUAUUCAAACCAAUUCUAUAACAAACCAAAUUAAAACAAAUACUCAAGCCAAAAAGUAAACUUAUUACAGUUUUUAACAACACGUUUGCAAAAGUAUUUCGUUAAAAAUAUGUCGAAAAAAAUAUUUCUGGAUUUUAUUACAAAGCUAAAUGAUCAAGCUUUCUAAUGUGUUAGUUUUACAGCUAGUUAGUUUUAAAAUUUAUAUAAUAAAUUUAACUCAAGUAUUCAAAAUCUAAACAUCAAAUUUUAUAAGGCUGUUUUUAUGGUUGUGCACUUUUAAUAAUAAACUAGGUUAGCUGCCUUUUGGGGAACUCCCAAUUUUGUUAUUCCUAAUCUUAAAAUACAGUUCAACAGAUAAGAUAACAAAUCCUUACUAUCGUUGUUGUUAACCUGGGACCCCGCCAGUGGGUCACCCAACUUGCUAUUAAUUGCUUAGCGCUGAAGAAUGAUGGUUAAUUGUACACUUCCUCCAUUAAAAAAAAUACUUGCUAACAAAUGAUUUGAUAUUAAACUCUAUACAAAAUAAACUAAGUCUUAUUUCUAAAGGUUGGCUUAUCAUUCCUUUCCAAAUAUUACUCCCUUACUUGGAGCAAAACGUUAUGAAGAGCUAACGAUCCAUACAGAAAUGUAUAUAUUUUAUAUGCAAACAUAUUACAAAUAUGAUAUAUAGAGAGUAGACAAAAAGAGUAUACAAAAUAUUUUGUUAUCUAGAGAGAACGCAUUUUAUUAUGUUUGAACGACAGCUUAUCAAUACAGAAACUCAUUGCGCCAAAAUAAACCUUCAUCGCUUGCUUUUAGUCCGUCUACACACUCGCUUUGAUAGGUUGUGUCAAACAAGAAACGAUGAAGAAAGUUUUGGGUAAAAGGGAAAACAUCAAGAUUUUAAGCUUAAACUCCUACUGUAUCAAUGAAAUAUUUCGGCAAAUCAAAAUGAGCUGCGCUUCCAGUUUAAUACUGGAUGAUAUGUUAAAGUAUAGCGAUCUCAUUCACUUUGUUAUCAGCAGCGAGUUAUUCACCAAAGCGUUUAAGGAAUGGUCUCCCGAACUUUAUAACAAACUUUGCAUAGAAAAUACAUUCUUAAAUAGAUCUCCCUAUAUACAGAUUGAUUUCUCAAAUGUUUAUGCACAUAUGCUAAGAUUGUCAAUAAAUGAAAAAAAGUUAUUCUGGAGAAAUUUUUUAAAUCCGGUUAAGGAAAACGAUAAAUUGGAAUCAGUGAUGUUAGUCUGUGAACCAAUAAGUUACUACCCCGAGCAUUUGGAAAGAUUCGAUGACCUGAUAAAUUGUCUUCGAAACAAGGAUCAAUUGCGUGAGCUCUUUGUUAGACUAAAAGGAUAUAGCUUGGAAAGCGUGCCGCAGAUAAGCAGUCUGGAAACCCUUAUAGUAGAUGCCCGAAUGGAAGCAAAUAUCCUAGAUCAGUUUUGCUCUUUAAAUCCAAACUUACGGAAACUCAUUUUGGUCAACAACGAGUUUUAUGGAAGAUUGUCUGAUAUUGUACCCCACUGCAACCAACUGGAAUACCUAAGCUUCGCUAUGAAGCAGGGGGUAGACGCCGCGGAAUAUAAAGCCCUUGCCAAGCUACCCAGACUCAACGAACUAAUCCUCCUUGGCGAGCAUGAGGAGGGAUCAUUGGUAAAGCUCUUUCAUGACCUAAAGGAAAGGAAGGUCCAAAGAAUAUCGAUACCCGAAACCCAUGUCAGUGACGAAGAGGCCAUUGCAUUGGCAUCCAUUACCUCGUUAAUAUCCCUCAAGUGCUGUCUACGCAAUGAUUCGAUAUAUGCUGAUUUACCUCUAACUGGAUUUCUCACUGAUAUAUGCAUACUGCGUCAUCCCAACCAAUAUGAUCCAGAAAUGAACAAUAAGAAAGAAAUCGGUCGCAUGAAAGUGACUUAUGGGGCAAGAACCAUCUCUAACGAAAUUCCAGACGCGCAUUAUCAAGCAAUGCAGACCAAUAAUUCAAAGCUUAUGAUAAAGGCAUUUGAUCAAGACUUCGCCCAUGCUUUUCGUUUUCGCUUCGAGGGUGCUUAUAAUGCCAGGGUUUUGCUUGAUAACAUGAAAUUAUCAUCAGAAUCUUCAAUGUGCUUUUUUGAGAAGAUAGUCCUCUAUCAGAACGAUCCAAUUCCGAAUGAAGACAUUCCCAUUAUAGCCUCCGUACCGACGUUAACCACCAUCCGAUGCUCGUUCGCUCAAAUAGAGCAGAUGAUCACGGUGAAAACUCAGCAACUCGCGACAAUUACUGAAACUGAAAAGCGAGUGGACCGCAUCCGAACUGAACAUUUUGAGAUACGAUUAGUUCAUAGCCACGAAUCCGUAACUCUCAUACUGGACUUUUUUGGGAAAUGUAAAGAGAAUUACGCGAGGUUCUUAGCUCCUCUUGCCAAUUUAAGAAACCUAAAACGACUUGAGAUAAAAGGAAAAUUUACAAGUGGUUCCUUAGUAACGCUUUUUAAAGGUUUCACCACCUUGGCAACUCACACUCUGCAAGAACUAAAAGCUGUAUUUCUUGACCCUGAAGAACUCGAAGAGGUGAUCAAGAUUGGCAGCCUAAGGAUCCUCAAAAGCGGUUUCUUUUGUUCCAAAAAUAUUACUAAAAUAGCCCAGUUGAAUAAUCUCGAAGAGCUAAGCCUAACCGUCCAUCCACAGGGGUCUCUAGAAAAAUUGUUUAGGCUCCUUGCCUCCAAGAAGUCACAAGUACUGAAGAGUCUCAUAAUUGAGGGGACGAAACUUACUUCCCAAGAGGUUGUCGAGCUAGCUGGCUUAGAAUCCGUGGAGAAUCUACAGCUUGGUCUCCCCGAAGUACAAAAUUGGAAACAGUCCCCAGAAGGCACAACAGAUAACCUAGACGUUUUCUAUUGUCAAAAGUGUCGUUUGCCCCCUGAUGCAUCCCCUUAUAUAGAGCAUCAAACUUACGUUCAUACUUUGAAUUCUGUAUCAGACAAAGAGGCCUUAACUGCUAAGACUCAUUUUAUAACCAAAUUGUAUGGUAAUUUGACACCAGGAAACUUGCAACUCUUGUCCAAUCUGUCAAAUCUGGAGAAACUGAGUGUUUAUUUGGAUUACAAUCCCCAGGCCGUGGAGAACCUGUUAAGAACUCUUGCCUUGCUAUCCCCAAAAAAAUUGAGAAAACUUUCUUUUGCAACACAGAACUUUAAAUUAUUAUCUUUUUUCGAAAAUUUGCAAUCUCUCGAGUCCGUUGUCUAUCACACAAAAGAUAUUGAGUUUACAGCACAUCUCAGAAAUCUCACAGAUUUACAAAUAUAUAAUCCUCUGGAUAUUCCCCUAUGGGAACUCCUCAAGGAACUUAAGGUUUUAUUGAAUCUUCAGUGUUUGCUUUUGGAUAAUGCAGAUCUGGAAUUUUUAGACAUUGUUGAGGUAACGAAAAUAAAUUGGCUGAAACGCUUAAGACUCGGCCUUGCGGAUAAAAAGUUUGUCUUCAUGCUGAUCCCUUUGAAAGACUUGGAAGUUUUGGAAAUUACAUCUACCCAUUACGCGGCGAAAGAUGAAGGCAACUUUAUUGUUUCAUUUAUUUUAUCUUGCAAAAAUAUUAGAUCAAUAUCUCUAUAUCGAUACUAUGACUAUUUAAAAAGGGAUUAUGUCAAUGGAAUCUUGAACACUAUAAAACUUUUUAGAGAUCCUUCCAAGCACCCACCAUUCAAAUUGCGAGGAGUUUGGUGUGAUUUUAAAAGACUAAGCCAGCUGGACAAUUAUAAUGUCGAAUACCUGGAAUUGGAGGGGCUCGAUAGCAGCAAUCAAAACGAAGAAUCCGAUGAAGAUACGGAUAAUGAACUGCACAAGAAUAAUGUCGAAAACGUGGAAUUGGAGGGGCUCGAUAACAGCAAUCAAAACGAAGAAUUCGAUGAAGACACCGAGAUUGAAAUUUCAUAAAUUCUAAAACUAAAGUUAACCAUUCAAGUCAGUGAUAACAGCAAGCAUCUUAAAGUUAAUGAGUCCC